AUGCGGCGCGCGCUGGAAGUCGCGGCGACGGCGACGACGGCGGAGACGUUUCCGAAUCCGCGCGUCGGGUGCGUCGUGGUGGACGCGCGCGAGGACGUCGUCGUCGGCGAGGGAUAUCACCCGAAAGCGGGCGAACCGCACGCCGAGGUGUUCGCGCUGCGCGCGGCGGGAGAACUCGCGAGAGGGGCGACGGCGUACGUGACGCUCGAACCGUGUAAUCACUACGGACGGACGCCGCCGUGCGCGCGCGCGCUCGUGGACGCGGGCGUGGCGCGCGUCGUCGUGGGAUUCAUCGAUCCGGAUCCGCGCGUCUCUGGCGGAGGGAUUCAGACGCUGCUGGACGCCGGAAUCGAAGUCGCGGUGGGGUGCGAGGAGGCGCUGUGCCGGGAGAUCAACGCCGAUUUCAUCGCGCGACAAGUCGCCGCUCGAGACGCGGCGAGGUGA